AUGAGCCCCAAACACUUCACAGAAGAUUUGGUUGCAUUUGGUUGUGAUCACAGACAGUUCUCAGUUCAGGGCCAUGAGCCAUUUUUUCCUAUACUAAUGCUAUUUUCUUUUCAAAGAUUCCCAGGUUAUACUGAAACACAAAAUAUCACAUGUGUCGCAGAAUUCCAUCUCAUGGGCUUCUCAGAGAUGACAGAACUGCAGCCCUUCCUCUUUGGGCUGUUCCUGUCCAUGUACCUGGUCACAGUGCUCGGGAACCUACUCAUCAUCCUGGCUGUCGCCUCAGACUCCCACCUGCACACCCCCAUGUACUUCUUCCUCUGCAACCUGUCCUUGGCUGACGUGGGUUUCACCUCCACCACGGUUCCCAAGAUGAUUGUGGACAUCCACACUCACAGCACAGCCAUCUCCUAUGUGGGCUGCCUGACACAGAUGUCUCUCUCUAUUAUCUGUGGAUGCAUGGAUGCUUUGCUUCUGACCGUGAUGGCCUAUGACCGGUUUGUUGCCAUUUGUCACCCCCUGCAUUACCAGGCCAUCAUGAAUCCUGGCCGCUGUGGCUUCUUAGUUUUGGUGUCCUUUGGGGGCAGCCUUUUGUAUUCCCUGCUGCAGAACUUGAUGGUCUUAAGGAAUUCCUGCUUCAAGAAAGUGGAAAUUUCUAAUUUCUUCUGUGAGCCUACUCAGCUUCUCAGUCUCACUUCCUCUGACUCCUUCACCAAUGAUGUAUUCACAUAUCUUGUGGGCAUCAUCUAUGGUUUUCUCCCUAUCACAGGGAUCCUCCUCUCUUACUAUAAAGUUGUGUCCUCCAUUCUGAGAAUCCCCUCAGCAGAUGGGAAGUACAAAGCCUUCUCUACCUGUGGCUCUCACGUGUCAGUCGUUUGCUUGUUUUAUGGAACAGGUCUUGGGGUCUAUCUCAGUUCAACUUUCUCACUUUCUCCGGGGCAGGGUGCCUGGGCUUCAGUGGUGUACACUCUGGUCACCCCCAUGCUCAACCCCUUUAUCUACAGCCUGAGGAACAGGGACUUGAAGAGAGCCAUACAGAAGCUCCUCAGCAACACAGCCUAA